AUGUUUAAUCACUCUGGAAGAGAAGUGAUUAAACAAAGUACUGUACGGUUAACAUCAAUUAAUAGACAUUUAUCUAGUUCAAUGGCUCCAAUUAGUUCAAAGUAUGAUUAUUUGGUUAUAGGAGGGGGCUCAGGAGGAGUUGCAUCUGCUAGAAGAGCUUCAAGUUAUGGUGCUAAAGUACUUCUUGUAGAAGCAAAUUUCAAUAAAUUGGGAGGAACAUGUGUAAAUGUUGGGUGUGUUCCAAAGAAAGUGAUGUGGCAUGCUGCUGACUUAGCAGAUAAAAGACAUCACUUGAAGUCGUACGGUUUGUCAGAUACCGAAGACAAGGUUAAAUUUGGAGACUUUAAUUGGAAUCUUAUUAAACAAAAGAGAGACGCUUAUGUUCAUAGGUUAAAUGGAAUCUAUGCUAGGAAUUUACAGAAAGAGAAAGUUGAUUAUUUAUUUGGUUUUGCCAAGUUCAUCAAUUCUGAUGGGGAUGUUGAAGUUACGUUAACCGGUGAACAAGAGAUUCCAUUCUUAGACAAAGGUAAGACGUAUCAAAAAGACGAGAAAGUGGUUUUCUCGGCGGAUAAGAUCUUGGUUGCCACCGGUGGCUACGCUAUUAUUCCGCCAUCGAUCGAAGGAAGUGAAUUGGGAAUCACUUCUGAUGGAUUUUUUGACUUAGAGCAGCAGCCUCAGAAAGUAGCAGUGGUAGGAGCUGGUUAUAUUGGUGUUGAGUUGUCAGGAAUGUUCCAAAGCUUUGGGUCAGAGACCAAUUUAAUUAUUAGAGGUGAGACUGUCUUGAGAUCUUUCGAUGAAGCCAUCCAAGAUUCUGUCACCAACUACUACUCUGAUAAAUUAGGAGUGAAGAUUCACAAGCUCUCUCAAGUAGAGAAAGUAGAGGGAUCAAAAGAAGGAAAAAAGAAAGUACACUUAACAAAUGGGGAGGUUCUCGAAGUUGACACGUUGUUGUGGACCAUUGGUAGAAAAUCGCUACUUGACUUUGGUUUAAAACAUGUCGGGCUUGAGCUCAACGAAAAACAUCAAAUAGUAGUUGAUGAAUAUCAGCAGACCUCAAAUCCUAAGAUUUUUUCAUUGGGUGAUGUUGUUGGCAAGGUUGAAUUGACUCCAGUUGCAAUUGCAGCAGGUCGUAGACUUUCCAAUAGACUUUUCUCAGGAAAGAAAGAAUUUGCCAAUGAUAAAUUGGACUAUAACAACAUCCCCUCUGUUAUAUUCUCACACCCUGAAGCAGGUACAAUCGGUUUGACGACUCAGGAAGCUAAAAAGAAGUAUGGCGAAGAAAACAUCAAAAUUUACCAAUCAAAAUUCAACUCUAUGUACUAUGCUAUGAUGGAUUCUGAUGACUUUAAAUCUCCCACAUUAUACAAGAUAAUUGUUGCAGGACCGGAGGAGAAAGUUGUUGGGCUUCAUAUCAUCGGUGACUCUAGUGCUGAAAUAUUGCAAGGAUUUGGAGUUGCCAUCAAAAUGGGUGCUACAAAAAAGGACUUCGAUAAUUGUGUUGCAAUUCAUCCUACUUCUGCUGAAGAAUUAGUCACAAUGACCUGA